UCAAGGUGAAAAGGUCGAACGACUUUAUCGUGAAGUACGUGCAUAUGCCAUUCCAGCUGGUUCAGAGGAAAUUAUGCUUGAUCUUGGUGUUAGACAAUCUUUAAAAGUCGCACAAUUAUAUGGUGCCAAACUUUAG